AUGGCAGACACCAGCAUAGCCGCCAUCGCCGAAGCGCCCGCCCUCUCAACAAGAGAGGCCUUUAUCACAGCGCUUAGGAAGACGGAGCGCCAGCCUCACGCUCAUGGUCACGCACCAUCUCUUGAAACCCAUCCAUCCGUCGUAAACAGCCAAGGCAUAGAAGAAGCCAACGCCAAGCCUACAGUGCCAGUGCCAGCGCAAGCGCAAGACGAAGACAAAGAUGUCGAGACCCAGUCCACAGACGAAGAGCCGGCCCCGGACUACGCGAGCUUCAGGCUCACCGUCACAGGCCGGCUGAUCUUCUGCGCGCUGGCGGUGCUCACGCUGAUGGUUUCGCUGGACGGGACGAGUAUUUCGGUUGCGUUGCCGGUGUGCAGCUUAAUCCCUAUUGCAUACAAACACAGAGAGUCUGGUCUACUGACAGAUAUGGUACGCGUAGGAAAUGGCAUCGACCCUCCACGGCACGGCAAUGCAGGCCUUCUGGAGCGGGACCUCGUUCCUGCUGUGCUCGACGGUCUUCCAGCCGACAACUGCAACGCUGAGCGAUAUCUUUGGCCGACGACCGGUGAUCCUAGUCUGCCUGGCCUUGCGGCGGGCUUCACGCAGAUCCUCGUGGGCCGAUGCAUACAAGGCGUCGGGGGCGGCGGGAUCGCGGUCCUCGCUGAAGUCGUCGUGACGGACCUGGUCCCCCUCCGGCUCAGGGGGAACUACUACGGCGUUCUCUCGGCCAUGUAUAGUCUGGGCAGUGUGCUGGGUCCGAUAUUGGGGGGCGGGUUCUCGGAGAAUGUGACCUGGAAAUGGAUCUUCUACAUCAACUUCCCCUUCAUCGGCCUCUCGACCCUCCUAAUCCUCCUCUUCUUCCGCCUCGAACAGCCCCCCGGCACGCUGGCCCAGAAGCUAAAACGCGUCGACUACAUCGGCACAACGCUCUUCGUCUCCUCGCUGUCUUCUUUCUUAAUCCCCCUCACCUGGGGCGGCGUCAUGUACCCCUGGUCCUCAUGGCGCACGCUGGUCCCGCUGGUCCUGGGCACCGGCGGCCUCUUACUCUUCACAGCCUACAGCAUCAAGGCUACGAAUCCAAUGAUCCCGCACUCCGUCUUCACGAACCGCAGCGCAGUCAUCGCCUUCAUUACGUCCUCCCUACAGGGCCUGAUCCUCUGGGGCGCGCUGUACUACCUGCCUCUCUACUACCAAGCCGUGCGGGAGUUCGGGCCGAUCCUCACGGGCGUCGCGCUCUUCCCGCAGACCUUCACCGUUGCACCCAGCGCGAUUAUCUGCGGCGUGCUGGUGACGAUGACGGGGCGGUAUCGCUGGGGUCUGUGGGUUGGCUGGGCGCUGUCGAUUGUUGGUCUUGCGCUGUUGACGCUGCUGGAUCAGCACACUAGCACGGUCGCGUGGAUCUUCCUGAAUAUUCCCUCCGGGUUAGGACUCGGAUUCCUCACGGCCGCGAUUGUGUGUACUGUGCAGGCGUCCGCGACGAAUCGGAACCUCACUGUUGCCGUGGCGAUGGUUGUUUUCUUUCGGGCGUUCGGGCAGGCCGUUGGGAUUGCGGUUGGGGGGGUGAUCUUCCAGAAUCGGAUGCGCCUUGAACUGCGGAAGUAUCCUGAGUGGGCGGAUAUGGCGGAGGCGUAUAGUCGGGAUGCGGCGGCGCUGGUGACGGUUAUACAGGGGAUGCAGCCUGUUGGGGAAGAGGGGGAGGUUGGGAAGGAGAAUCUGAAGAGGGCGUAUAGCGAUAGUUUGCGCAUCAUCUGGGCGUUUUUGGCGGGCGUGGCAGGGGUUGGCCUGGUGCUUAGUCUGUGGGUGAAGAAGUAUGAUCUGAAUCGGGCGUUGACGACAGGGCAGGCCGUUAAGGAGAAGUAG